AAGAAACCUUGGUGAAGAUAAAAGACCACUCAAAACAUUGUUCACGCCUGAAAUCAAACGAUUUUUGAAAGACUGGCUGGUGAGAAGAAGAGAAAAUCCUUAUCCCAAUAGAGAUGAGAAGAAAAUUUUAGCCCUACAAACAGGAUUGACAUAUACCCAGGUCUGUAAUUGGUUCGCUAACUGGCGAAGAAAACUGAAGAAUGCUGUUAGAGGAUCUGAACAGAAAACCUGGGGAAAUUUAAUAAAAACAUACAACAACCAAGUGCAGGGUAACUUAGAGCAUUUCAGUAUAUGUUCGGACAACAGUAUCUGGGAGGAAUCUGAACAAAAUUCGAACUGUUUUGAAGAAUCCCAUCAGAAAGCAGAUGUCUCGCAUCACAGGAAGAACCAAUUAGGGCAAACUUUUUUCAAUGAAAAUCCCGGUUUCAACAAUAAUAUUAAUGAAAAUCAGAACCAAUGUUAUUUUAUAAGCUCAACAACAGGAAACGACACGGAAACAUAUCCUGUACCUCGAAAAAUAAAUGACUAUCACUCCAGGGAUAAAUAUUUUGAUAGUUUCGAAAAGCCAGUUAAUGAUGUUGGAAUCAUUGAGGAAAAUAAACCAUCUAUGAUCUCAAAAUGGCUAGAAAGUGCAGUUAAUUUCAAACCCAGUGAGAACAGUUAUCUGAAUUGGGUCUCGGAUACAACCAGAAGGAAAAAUACGAAGAAAAUCAACGAUUUAUUUGCCAAAGUGGAUACAUUGCCCCAUGUACAUGGUAGGGAAGAAUUAGAUGCAGCAGAAGCACUAACAACUUUAGCUAAUGCAAAAUGCAAGAUUUAACAGUAUAAAACUGCACAAAGGAAUAGCUAAUUUCAUUGAAAAACAUCCUAAUAGAGGAAAAUUGCCACAAUAUUUCAGCCUGAUAGGUAGCAUUGGAACUUUAAGCAUGAAGUGCAUCUAAAGAAAACCCUUUCCCCAUUCAUCAGAACUGGAGCACUGUUUUUUAUCAGAAGUUUCGCUAACUCCGUUAGUGAAAAGAGUUUUCGUUAGAUACAAUCUUUUAAGCACCAAAGGUGGUGAGAGCAAUAGAAACUUCUGUUCAUCACCAGAAAUGUUCUAAUAUUUUGUUGCACAUAAAGUGAAAUUGUGAAUACUCUCAACAACUAUAUUGAUGUUUUGUAUUAUUUACAUGAUUUAACAUUAAGAUUUUGUGAACUGCAACAUAGGAAUGAUCAUUAGGUUGUAACCAAUUUGCUACAAAAUUUUCUAUUCACAAUUAAUUUCGAAAACUGAUCUCAAAAUUCACAGUUAUAAACCAAGAGUAUUGCGGAUGCUGAUUUUACUCCUACAAAACGAUGGAAUGAAAUAUUUUGAUUAAUCAAUAUCAGCUUAUUCAUGUAUUCUAUCAAACUUUUGAAUUGUAUGGGGGAAUAACCUGAGAGCCGAAUACCUACUUUUUUGAAUAAAUAAAUCAAUAUCUCGAAAUCGAUUUAUUUUUGGUAUAAAGUGUAUUACAUAAACUAAUAUUAGAAUCA